AUGAAUUGUCUAGCUGCGCCCCUAGUCAGAUGAAUGACUUCAGAUUAUAUUUUUAGAGCUAUAAAUUUAUUUUCUCCAAAAGACCAUGGAUAAAAUUUAUUUUUGUUAAGCCUUGAUUAAUUUUUAUUAUUGGGCUAAAAAUAUAAUAUGAGCCCAUCACAUGUUGGUAGAUUAUCAUUUAUCAGCAUUUAUUCUUCUUUUCUUAACCUUUUUAUUUUAUUUUUAAUUUCUCUAUUUUCUUGUCAGCCACAUAUUUUUCGUGUGCUUGAAGAACAAAGCAUCUACAGCUGACUUCUUCUGCCAUCUCUCACUGCAGGUAAGGUUACAACCUAUUCGCCAGGGGCCGUAUGCCAUCGUGCGAAAUUCAGUUAUGAAUAUUACAGGGCAGAACGUAAUUGACGUUGGAGACGCGUGGAGGAUCGAAUGGUGGAGAACAAGAGAGUGUAUAUAGAGAACAGCCAUGGCGAGAAGCUAGUCGGGAUACUGCACGAGACGGGGUCGAGUGAGCUCGUAGUUGUAUGCCAUGGAUUCCGGUCCACAAAGGAUCGUAUUCCCAUGUCGAACAUUGCUCUCGCCUUCGAGAGGGAGGGAAUCAGCGCCUUUCGCUUUGAUUUUGCUGGCAACGGGGAAAGCGAAGGUUCGUUCCAAUAUGGCAAUUACCGUAGAGAGGCUGAAGAUCUACGUGCUGUAGUUGAGCACUUCAAGGCUAACCAACGUUGCAUAGUGGCCGUUGUUGGCCAUAGUAAAGGAGGGAAUGUCGUUCUCUUGUACGCCUCAAAGUACAACGACGUUCAAACAGUUAUCAACAUAGCGGGCCGCUUUGAUCUGAGGCGGGGGAUCGAGGGCCGCCUGGGGAAAGACUUCCGAGAGAAGAUCAAGCAAUACGGAUUCAUCGACGUUAGAAAUAGAAGAGGUAGUAAUGUGUGUUUGAAUCAUUUCCUGUCGUAUGUUGUUUCACGUGUUGGGCUAGGUUCGUGUAUUUAUGGGCGUGUUGUAGGGAAAAUUGAGUAUCAGGUGACGGAGGCGAGCUUGAAGGACCGUCUGGAGACGGACCCUCGUGCUGCGUGUCGAUCCAUCCCUUCGAACUGCAGCGUACUAACGGUUCACGGCACGUUAGACGAGAUGGUUCUGGUGGACGAUGCGACGGAAUUCGCCAAGAACAUACGAAAUCACGAUCUAUGUAUAGUCGAAGGAGCUGAUCAUGAGUUCACCGAGCAUCAAGCUCGGCUCAAUGACGUCGUGUUGCGUUUUGUGUCGACGCAUCUGCGUAAAAACGAGGUUGCGCGUCCGACUCCCCGGCUAUGAUUCUCUGCAUAUAUAUAACGUUACAACAUUUCAUGUUCCAAAGAAUCGAUUCAUACAUUUUCUUCAAAUAAAGUUGAUAAUUUCUCAA